GAAGAAGUUGCUCGCCUAUGCCAACUUCCUUUUACGUUUAACUCAACACUUGGGAUAAUAUUUGAAAGAAAAAAGAAAAAACGCAAAUAUGAAAAUCAUCUAUUUUCUUCUCUUUAUAAUAUAUUGUGCGCUGGUUCGCGCAGACAUGAUAGCAACUCUAUGUUCGCAAAAAGCAGGCUUCAAUCUUUCCGAUCUGAAAAGCAAAUACGAAGACAAGAGCGAGGAACAAAUGAAGAAGCUUGGAUGUUUCGAAGCCUGUUUAUUCCAAAACGUUAAUUUGAUGGACGGUAAUAUUUUGAACGCAGAGAAACUCGAGGCUGGCAUUCGAAAAUUAACACCGAAUAAUUUUACAGAGGAUGUACACGAAAUUAUCGAGCACUGUGUUAAGGAAGCCGCUGACGACGACGAAUGCACAGUUGCCCGAAAAUAUACCGAUUGUAUUAUAGAACACAUGGAAUUUCUUGAUUCUGAACUACAAAAAUUAAAUGAAAAUUAAGUAUAAUAAUUCGAACUAAUUCGUUUAUUUCGAUGAUUCAAUCGCAAGAUCGAAAUUGUAUUACGUAUUUAAAUUAGUUAGUAGAAAUAUCAAUAAAACGAAAAGCGUGCAAACAAA